AUGGCAAAAAACUGCGCUAAGUGCUCUAAUGCUAUUUCGGGCAUCGAUUAUGUCGUUUGCCGCGGCAAACCGCGCAUUGUACUGCAUACCCAAAGGCGCAUCAUCAUGGCAAAAAACUGCGCUAAGUGCUCUAAUGCUAUUUCGGGCAUCGAUUAUGUCGUUUGCCGCGGCUAUUGCGGUGCGUCUUUUCACAUGAAUGCAUGUUCCGGUGUAACUCGUGCGUUGCAAUCGUACUUCGCAUCUAACAGAAACAACCUUUUCUGGAUGUGUGAUCAAUGUGCUGAGUUAUUUGAGAACUCGCAUUUUCGCGUCAUCUCACGCCAGGCCGAUGAAAAAUCUCCACUAUGCACGCUCACGACUGCGAUUACUGAGCUGCGGUCGGAAAUAAAACAACUGCAUUCUAAGCCCGUUGCCCAGUUUUCACCCGCUACAAGCACGCACUGGCCAGCACUUGAGCAGCGCAGAGCAUUGAAACGGCCUCGUGAGAUCGAUUUCACAAUCCGAGCUUCUGAGAGUUGCCAAAUAGGAAGCAAAAAGCCGAUGGCAAAUGUUGCUUCUGUGCCAAUUUGCAAUAAUGAUGCUGAUCAUAAAUUCUGGUUAUACGUAUCAAAAAUUCGCCCAGACGUCACCGUGGAAUUGGUAUCGACUAUGGUUAAGGCUAAUCUCGGGACCGAGGAUAAUAUUUCAGUGGUCAAGCUCAUUCCAAAAGGCAGAGAGUUGGAUUCCCUCACUUUUUUGUCCUUUAAAAUUGGACUGGACCACUCGUUCAGGGAAAAGGCACUUGACCCAUCUACAUGGCCCGAAGGAUUGCUAUUUCGUGAAUUCGAAAACUACGGUUCACAAAAAUUUGGAGUUCCAACGAAGUACAAGAAGUCUACAACGCCGUUGAUGCCACCAGAAACGGUAUCUUCUCCGACCGCGACUAUCAUGAAUUUGAGUUAG